UGAAUGCAUGACAUCUCAAUGGUAGCGUCGUCCAUGCCUUUGCAAGCUCAUGAAUAAUUUCUUCCUGUGUGACCUUCACACCAAGUCAAAAAGCCAGUCCCUUGCACCCAAUGUACAACAACACUAAAGCUGCAGAGAGGCCCUCCCCUCCCCUCCCCAUGCGGCAGUCACGCCCCUUUGACUUCGUCUUGUCCAUUGCCGUUCUGGUCCUGGCCAUCUGUGGUGGGGAGCUUUCUGACGACCUUGCAGGGCACUCCCACAGCCACGCAGUCUGGCGGAAUGCUCUUGGUCACCACACUGCCCGCGCCUAUCACAGAGUUUCUGCAACCGUCGUGCGUGACACAGACCACAGUCAACAACGACUGUGCACUGCACGUGUGUGCGCAAAUACAUGCAAAGCCGACCUGCCGAUCGUGACGCCGGGCAUGACGCACACGCGGCCGCCGACCCACACAUUGUCCUCAAUGGUGAUGGGCUGACCAUACCUGAACAGGGACAUCAAACAAACAGCAAAGAACUCUGUGCAGGAUGGGGUUGGCGGGCUGGGCUGCUCACUCACUCACUCGAGCUUGUCUUUGCGUUGCUGUGGGUCAAGAGGGUGGCCUGCAUUCGUGGAAUGCAGACAGACACACCAUGGCAACACACCAGUAAGUCAUCCAUUUCUGUCGCCCCUCUGCGUAUCGAUGGAUGGAUGGAUGGAUGCACCCACCUCACCCCACCCCACCCCACCCCACCUCACCUGCUGUGUAGAUGUGCACGCCCGGACCGAACUUGACAAACGAGCCGAUCUUCACGGGCGCCACGUCAAGAAUGACCGUGUCGUAGUUCAUAUACACAUCUGACAUAAAAACAUACAUGGACAGCACAGUGGCAGGCAGCGAGGGAGGAAUCAUUCUCUCAGCCUACAUACCCCUGCCAAGCUCCGUGUUGAAGCCAUAGUCCACCCGGAGCGGCGGCUCGAUGAAGCUCCCCUCACCGACAGCCCCGAACAGCAUCCGCAGGAGGGGCAUGUUGGCCGCGGCGCUCACGUCAGCCGCUCGGCGGUUGUUGUAGGCCUCACAGAUGAUCUGCAAAGCAAGCAGCGUGGUUGAUAGAUCCGCAUGGGGCGAUUGUGUGCCUGCCUGCCGUCACUCACCUUGGCUUCUCUGAGGCCUGAAUUGAGCAGCUCGUCCACUCUGUACAGCUCCCCCGACACCUGAAAUGACCACACCACAGUAGAACGAAGCAAAGCCAGCAGCUGCAGGCAGAGAUGCCAUCGGUGAGAUCUUCUUCGUCUACCAUCUUUCGAAACUCUUCGUUUUCGAAGCGUCGCCUCCGCGAAGCACCAUCCUUCUCACGUAUGAGAUCCAUCUUGUGGGUUGCAG